CUAGACAUGGGUUCAGUGUGUGAUCUCGCUGCCAAUUGGCGUCUGUUUUGUCUCGAUACUCUUGCUAAGUCGUAUUCUCAUAUGCACACCGAACUGUACAUCACCCAUCCAGGAAGCUAUUGCACAGCAUUAAUGGCAGCCUGCUCGAUAUCCUGGCGCUUACCUGUGCGCGCAUUUGUGAUAAGCAAGAUUGACAAGGAGAGGGGGGCCAAAUAGGACUAUAUGCGAAGUUUACAUGGAUGCUCUUCGGCGAGGUGAGGUUUGCGCGAAAGCUGACUGUCCUAUUUCUAGAGAUGGGUAACGUACAUAAGCACGCGUGUGGCGCAUUUGUAGUUGGUAGGAUCAUUGUGCCUUGGCACCGCGCUGUCCCAUCCUCCCGGUUUCAGCGCAAAGACUCUUACAAAUACGUGCGCAACUGCAGCAUACGUAGAAACCAUCAACGACACAGCAGUCAACGCUUGUAAAACAUACAACAUGGCCUCUGAAACAUUCGUUGACUUUACCGUGCUUUUACGAGCGGCACCGUUGGUGUCUGCCACUAGCGCCCUGUGGUUUUCCGCCGACCAGUACACCUUUCUCAACAACUUCCUGAGGCCUGAACACCGCAAUGAAGCUGAGAGCGUGGUCCCGUCUUACUUCAAGACUUUCUUUCCCGGCGGACUGACGCGCAUCCUUUUCCUCUACGGUGUCAGUAUCAGUACGGGCACCGCCAACUUUUGGGCCAGACCCAACGCGUCGUGGCAUUGGUAUGCGGCGGGCACGGCGUUUGCGGUCGCGCACUUCGCAUUCGCUCCCAGGAUCAUAUCGGUUGUACAAUCGCUCACCGAGAAUCGUCACCCAAAGCAGGGCAACCGAGAUCUAAAGAAGUGGCUAGAUAUCCACGUCGUCAGAUCAAUCCUCGCGGACCUCCCAGCGUGGAUCUGCUUCGUUGUAGCGACUUUGACGUCCUUGCAGCCACUGUGAUAUGGAUGCCACACCGUCAUAGCUGGUUGGCUGUUUUCGUUGGCAUCAAUUGUGAUCUAGCAUGUAGCUGGGCACUGAUCACACA